AUGGACGAUUUCUCCUUCUACAGGACAAAAUUUCCCCAGCUUUGACAUAUACUCAACUGUUGUCGAUCCAGUACAGUUUGUCCCAGGAGACUCGCUGACAGUCGAAUUCUCUAUAUUCAAUUCUCAAAACAUUGCAAGCGGCGAAUAUAUAUAAUUAAAAUAUGGCGUCUUAGUCUGGGCAUGGCCUCUCGGCCAUGAAGCCUCGACUCAUAUUUUAAUUAUAUCCGGCAAGGUUUUACCAUUUCAGAGAUGGACAGCAAUGCUAGGUAAGCAAUUCUGGUUGUGUGCAGAGCCUAGCCCAAGUCUACUCUCAGAGGUUGCUUUUUCCUCAUGGGGAAGGAGGGCAUGGAAGUUGAAAGGGGAGGCUCAGCAAAGUCCUUAGGAUCAAUCGGGCAACUCCCUAGCGUGAAACUGGGCGUUACGUCCCAGGCUACGCUCUUUUCCUUUUUGCCGACAGCCGACCAGAAAAUCCAGUUUUAAUGGAUUUUCGGAAAAGCAACCCAUGAAGGCAAGCAAGUAGCUCACUCAUGAGCCGUCGAAGCCGGUGAUAUUUGCCCUAGCCGCACCCUGGUGAUCAAAGCGGGUUGGCCCAGUAACCUCUGGGCCCGAUGCGGCGAAAGGCGAGGGGUAGACCUGGGGAAAAAGUCUCUACCCCGUAAAGGACGUUAAGCGAUAUAAAUUUUAUGUAAUGUAAUGCAAGCGGCGAAUAUAUUUGGCUAAAAAUUCCUGACGAGUUUACAGUCCCUACCACUUUAGCGACUCUGGAGAUUAUUAA